AUGUCCACGUCGUCAAAUCUCUGGCAGUCAUCGGGAGGCGGAUGGCUGCGCCGAGCCGCCGGCUUGCUAGCUGUAACCGUCCUCCUCGUUUUGCGUCGCCUUGUGCAAGAUUACCAGCACGAGAAGAAAUACCGAUUUCCACCCAUCAGGCUCCCUGAUUUCGCGGACUCGGACAGCCUGCCGUUGAUCAAGGCUGCGGUCAAGGAGUCGCUGCGUUGGAAACCUAGCAUUGCCGAGACCGGCAUCCCUCACGCGACGGCUGAGGACGACGAAUUCGAGGGCUACCAUAUUCCCGCUGGCACUGUGGUGACCUAUAAUAACUGGGGCAUUGCCAAUGACCCCACAGAAUACGACCAGCCCUAG